AUGCUUCAGCAACUACUUCAGGGACAGUCUACCGGAAACGUGGAUCUCAACAAGCGACUAUCUGAGAUCAAUGGGAGAAUCGACUUCUCGCACCACGACCUUCAGACUAAGAUUGAAGCUCUCACAAGUAGAAUCCAUCAGCUUGAACACAAAGGCGGAACAGCUUCCUCAUCCAGAACGCAAGGUCAACUUCCGGGUAAAGCAGAGCAGAAUCCCAAGGAAUACGUACAAGCAAUUACAUUGAGAAGUGGACGCGCUUUACCUCCAAGAACAGGACCCGCACCAGUCAAUGAGGACAUUGAGGAACAAGAGGAGGAGAUUUCAGUUGAAACUGAAGCCCCAGCACCUGUGACUGAAGAGGAACCACCAGUUCAAGAGAAAGAGAAAGCACCAGAGGAAGUGCAAAAGAAGAAGAAAGCCCCAGCUUUCGUUCCUCCUCCUUACAAACCGCAACUUCCCUUUCCUGUUCGAUUCAAGAAACAACAGCUUGAGAAAGCCAGAGCCUGUUUGAUAAGCAAAUAA